CGUCAUUAAGUUUUCGCGGUGAAAACGUGUUGCACAUGUUCACACAUGUUUUAAAUUAAAUCAAUUUUACUAUUAACAAUUAACAUUUAUAAAUGUACUGUUAUGUAUAUUAAAUAAAAAGUAAUAUCAGUUAAUGUUUUAAUAAUAAAACAAUUCGUAAUAACAAAUAAAUAGUAUUUUAAAAUGGCCAUGCUAGCAGAACCUAAAAGAAAACAAAGAUGGACGUUGAAUCCACGGGGCAAACAAUGGAGCGACGAUUCGUCGAAAUUUGGUCAGAAAAUGUUGGAGAAAAUGGGCUGGACUCAAGGAAAAGGUCUUGGUGCCAAUGAACAAGGAGUUACUGAUCAUAUAAGAGUUAAAUAUAAAGAUGAUCAAGCCGGUAUUGGUUUUUCUAAAGACAAACAAGAAAAAUUGUGGACAGAAACACAGCAGAGUUUCAGUGAACUUCUUCAGCAACUUCGAGCUGGAGAAUCUCCUUCAGCUGAAAAUUUAAAUGAUUUAAAUCUCAGUGGGAAAUCAUUGGAAUUAAAAUCUAAACAAAGUCGCGCUCGAGUACAUUACAAAAAAUUCACCCGAGGCAAAGAUGUAAACCGCUACAGUUCAAAAGAUCUAGCGAACAUAUUUGGAAAAAAAGAUUUGAACGAAUUGCCAUUAAAAGUUGAGCCUCCAGUCACCGAAUCAGAGCCCGUCGGUGCAUCGGAUACCACCGCGGGUGUUCUGACAAUAAAAGGCGGCUCAAUGAGUGAUUAUUUCAAAAACAAAUUGCCUCUUAUACUGGCUAAGAAGUCGACGAUUCCAGUAGUGAAUGAAUCAAAAGACGAGUCUGAGAGUGAGAGUGAAAGGUACGUAGGUUUUGGUUUUGGUUUAUCUUCAAAUUCUUCGGCAACUGAUUUACCAGACACGCCACGGAAACGUAAGAGCCAAUUUUACGUUGAAAAUAAUUCAGAGACACCAAUUGCUGAUACAAUUGAUGAGCAUACUCCUAAAAAACGUAAAGUUAAAGACUUUGCGUUUGAAAAUCCAGGGUUGGAUUUAAUUUCUCCUGACCCAGUUGCUCCGGUAAAUAAAAUGGAAGUUCUGCGUCCAGUUGCUCUCGAAUGUAUUCCUCAGGUUCAGAAUUUUAAUGAUGAACUGAAUGAGGUUCAAGUACAGGGACAGGGACAGGAACAGGAAAAGACACCAAAGAAAAAAAAAAAAAAGAAAGACAGAGAACAGGAAAAAGAUAAAGAAAUUGUAGGAUUUGUCAACGAUGCUCUGAAUUUAGAAGCCAAAGAUUCUGGUGAUUAUUCAGAGGCCUUUGAAGUAUCGCGAGCUUUAGGUCUGGAAAAUGACGCUUUAGAUUUAACUGACGAGUCCAGUGGUAAAAAACGCGUGACUUUUAACGACACGGUUGAGUACAAUACCGAUAAGAGUAAAAAGAAAAAAAGCUGCGUCAAGUUGGAUAAAUUUGAAAUAGUUGACGACAAGUGUAGGAGGAAAAAAAAAGUUAAGAGCAUUCUGGUGAAUGGGGAGGUCAGUAGUUUUGUUAACGAGGCGUUAGAUGUUGAGAUAAUAAAUGAGGAAGUUUGCGAUAAUGAAGUUAACGAGCGUAAAAGUCGCGGUAAGAGAAAACGGGAGAGGAGAUCGAACUUGGAAACAAUUGAGGAGGUUGAGGAAAAAGUUGACGUUGGUACUGAGGUUGAGGUUGAUGUUGAUGUCUAUGGUAGAGAUGAGGAUGAGCUCCAGGAUACUAGUGAUAAUUUGGGGGACAUGAGUCUGGAAACUCCGAAGAAGAAGAAAAAAAGUAAAAGUAAAAAUAGAGAUAGAGAAGGGAGAGAUGAAUUUUGUGGAAAUGGAGACAAGGGUAAAGAUAAGGAUAAGGAUGAGGAUAAGGAUAGGAUGGAUAUUGACGAGUGUGGUAAUAAAGAAAAUUUAAAUGAUAGCAAGUCCUCGGAAAUUACGGGAGUUAAGAAGAAGAAAAGUAAGAAAAAUAAAAAAGAGAGGGAGAGUUUAGAGGAAGUUGAGGGGAUAGAUGUAGAAGUUGCAGAUAAUAAAGUUGAGGUUGAGGUAGCGGAUGAGUUUGAUGGCUCGGGUAAAAGCCCGAAGGUUAAGAAGGCCAAGAAAAUUUUAAAGUCGUUGUUUAAUAAAACGUCUGCUGAUUUUGUUGGCUCGAAUAUCAACAAAAUUAAAGGAUAUGGAGUAGAAUGAUUUUGAGGUUGAAGUUUUUUGGUGGAAUAUUUUUUAAGCCUAGGAUUUUUUGUUUUGUGAAGUGUAGUGGAGUGAAUUAAAUCAGAGGAUUGAUGAUGAAUAGGACCAGGAUUUUUGCUUUUAUUUAAAAAUGAAAAUUAUUAAUUUAUGGUGUCAAAUUUUGGAAUUACAGUGGAAAUAUUGGCCGUAUAAAAAAAUUUUUCAAGUAAAAGUUGUAGGAAAUUAUAUUUUCUAGCGAAAAUGUCUCUUAUGUUUUUUUUAUAUGACCAAUAUUUUCACCGUAAUUUCAAAAUUAAGAUUUUCAUAAUUAACAAAAAUUUGAAUAAUUCAUUAUGAAUCUCAAUUUUGGAAUUACGGUGAAAAUAUUGAUCGUAUAAAAAAAAACAUAAGAGACAUUUUCUCUAGAAAAUAAAAUUUCCUACAACUUUUGUUUGAAAAGUUUUUUUAUAAGACCAAUAUUUUCGCCGUAAUAUUAAACAUUUGAACCAUUCAUUUCGAAGUUAAGGCUAAAAUCUUGUCCCUAAUGAUGAAAAUUUAUCGAUGAUACUGAAGUUAACAGACAAUUAACAAUUUCCGGAUUUUUUUUCAACCAAUCAACUAAAAAAAAAAAAAAAAAAAAAAUAUGCACUUGUAGAAAAUUUUAAAAACUAUAAGUGCAAUUUUUUUAAAUAUUUUUUUUCUACAAUUUAUGGUUUUGAAAAAAAAUUCAAAUAUUAUUUAACGUCGGCUAACCAGUGUCAUAAUUUAUCGGGGGCUUAGAAGAAAUUAUUAUGGGGAAUUUGUAUUUAAUGUUGGAUGGAAAAUUUAUUAAUAUAAAUUAGAGUGAAGAGAAAUGAAUUUUUAUGAGGUGGUGUAAAUUAUGCUGGUUCAUUUUUAAAAAAGUUAGAGGAUUGUAAGGGGAGAUAAUUUUUAGUGAUCUGGAUUUUUUAAUAUUUAGGAAAUUCAGUGGAUUUGAAAUUACGGGUGUCGUAAGGGCGGUAAUUUUUUUGUUUUGCUGAUUGUACUUUUUAUUUACAAUUCAAAUUGACAAAUAAAAAUUUUGAAUUUUUUUCGCGCUCUUCGUGUAAAAAAAAUUCGUUUCAAAAAUUUUUUGGACAGAAAUUCCGAAAUUGCGGCAGUUCUGAACUUUAAGUUGAACAUUUUUGGAAUUAGAAUAAUUAGAAGUGGGAACAAUUUUUUGUGGGUUUUUUUUUUGGAAAUUUUUUAAGCAGAAAUGAUUUGAAUUGACAAUUUUGUGAGUUAAUAAUUAUUUCUAAUCACUCAUUUUUCGACAAUUCAAAAAGUGAGAAAAAAACUGACCUUCAAAAGUUCUGAUAAAAGUUGAAAAAUUUCAUAAAUAUUUUCAAAUCAUUUUUUUUUUGCCUCAUACCUGAAUAAUUCUGGUAAGAGCCGAAAAUUUCUCUUGAUGCUUAAUUAACUACGAGAGUGAAUAAAGCAGAUAUCAAGUUGAAGUAAAAAAUGCCUGGCAAAGCGCGAUUUUGAAAACAGUUAUUCAAUUUAAAUUUCUAAUCUCUUAUAAAAUAAUUUGAUACAUCAUAUUUUAAUAUAUUUAGAUUCACAAAUAAUUAUUUAUCAAUAAUAAUAUUUUUAGUUGUAAUUUUUUUUUAUAAAAAUUAUAAAAAAACGCCUUAAACAGUUAAAGUGAGCACCCAAUGGUACUGAGUGGGUACAGGGGCUUUUACCUUACUUGUAAUUUAAAAUUUGUCUGAUGUCUGCUACAUUAACUCCUUUUUUUAUUUUGUUCUUCAAACCCAAAAAACUGUCAAAUCAAAUUAUUUUUGCUCAAAAUAAAAAAAAAAGAAACCACAGGAAAAUCCUACACCAGUUGAAAAUUGUUCACUUUAUAAUUUUUUCAAAGUUCCAAAAAUGUUCAACUUGAAAUUCAAAAUUGUCUCUAUUUUUGAAGUCCCUUGUCAUGAAGGGACUUAAAUUUUUUUUAUUUAAUUGAUAUAUUUUUAAUAUCAUAGUAUCAAAAUAAAAAAAAUUUUUUCUAGUUUCCGGUAUGUCUCCCUGGAACUAAGAGCGUAAAAAAAACUUGAUUUUUAAAUUUCGAUUUUAAAAAUAAAAAAAAUUUUUCAAUCAUUUUUCAAUAUCUUUUACUAGGUUACGCUCUUACCGCACCUGUAGUGAUAAGUUGAUAUAUAUAAUAUAUAUAUAGAAAAAAAUGUAAAUAAAAAUUGUG